AUGGCUGCGGGUCUCGGUGUCAUCGAGCAGAGACGUGCAAUUCCGCUGUCUGGCAAACGAAAGCCCACGACAAAGAAGGAAUACUGGUCGUUCAUUUUCUUUAACAUGUACUCGACUGCGAACCGUGAGUUGAGGAGGUUUCCAUGGCUGACACGCCCAGCGCUCGGUGGAGCUGUGCAGAAUAUCAGACAGAUGCUGUUGUUCGACGCACAUCCGAGCGGUUUCAUGCCGUUCGCCAACAGCAGUCAGCCAGUCAACACUGUGCUGUUGGACAUCAAUGGGAUCCUGGCUGUGGCAGGUUUGGUCCUGAUGUUCAUUAUCGGUCCUUAUGCGGACUAUGGAAAUUGGCGUCCAUGGAUCCUAAUCACCACGGUCACUAUUGCAUGGGCGAUUUGCUUCGGUAUGCUCGCCAUCAAGAAUACCAAUCAGUGGCAAGUCGCGAAUGUGCUGUGGGCUAUAGGCAGUCUGACCGGAAGUGUGGUCGGCAUCUUUUAUCAAGCGACGUAUCCAGGACUCGCUCGAGAUCUCCCGAAAGUGAUUCAAUCGGAAGAGGACGUAUUGAAUGGACUCAAAACUCCCGAGGAACACGACAAGCUAGAUUCAAUGGAACGAGCACAGGUUUUUAACUAUGCGAGUAUCUUCAGCUCAGUCGCGGGCCUGGCGAUGUAUGGCGCCGCGUAUGGCUUGGCUAGAGCUCUGCAGGGGGAUGGAAGCGAAGCCGCCAACCUGCGUGCUUAUCACUGGCUCAUCAUCUUUUACACCCCCCUCUCAAUGAUCUUUGCACUUCCAUACCUCUGCUUCAUGCAAUGGCGGCCCGGAUCGGCUGUCCCGGCGGGUAUCACCAUGUGGACAUCGGGACCUCGGCAAGUGGUGUAUGCUGCCAAAAGUAUCUUGCAACUCAAGCAGACUCUUUUGUAUCUGGUCGCUUACAUCUUCUUAUGGGAGGCCAUCGGGGCGUUCAUCGGCGUGUACGCCAUCCUGCUGCUUGAGAACGUGCAUUAUUCGCCGGCACAGAGCACGGCAUUCACACUUGUUGGUGACGUUGCCGGAGGUCUUGGCACCGUCGCUAUUCAGCUGCUACACAAGAAGUACGGCUUCAAGAUCAAGUGGAUCAUGUUUUUCGGAUCGAUGACUAGCAACUUCCCGAACCUAUGGGGUGCCAUCGGGACGUUUACGAACAAGAUUGGCUUCCACCAUUCGUGGGAAUUCUGGUUCUUCCAAGUCUGGAAUAUGGUGACGGCUUGUGCCUCGACCUACAAUGUCACAAUGAUUUCCGAGGUCGUUCCGGCGAGUAAACUAUUCAUGUUUUACUCGCUUUUCAAGACCGUCGUUGGAGGCACAGGUUUCAGCGGUCCUUUUAUCGUAGCUGCGAUCAUCAAACAAUCGCAUGGCAACAGCAACACGGCCUUCUGGUUCCUCUUUGCGAUCGGAUCCAUUUCUACCGUCAUCAUCUUCUUCGUUGAUACUGACAAGGCAAAGAUUGAUUGUGCGAAAUGGGCGGAGCGGGAAGCGGAAGAGAGAUAUACCGAGGAGCAACGUGUGGAGAACAAGCUAAACGUGGAAGUGGACGAGGAUAGACAUGUGGCUUGAUGCGGAGAGCCUGGGGCAUUUGUCGCGUGACUGGUGUAAAUGAGAAGAUCUAUAUAGAUUCU